AUGAUAGUGUGCCAAGGUUCUAUGUUGAUAAAACUUUCUGAUUUAGGUUCAAGUCUGCCACUAUCAACAUUGACAACCGGCACUCCAGUAACAACAUUUACAACCACGAUUCCAGUGACAACUCCCCCACCUGCACCCUCGGUUGAACGUAUACCUGCCACAUUAGAACAAGAAUAUUAUAAAAUCUACCUCGAACCAAAUUUAAUCAACAAUACAUUUAGAGGUCAAGUAGAAUAUCAGUUUCGAUGUCUCAGAAGUACACCAUUAAUUCAUUUGCAUAUGGUCGAUCUUAUGAUUCACAAUUCAUCGAUUAGCAUAACGUUCCCAACGUCUGGAAGUCCGCAGUAUGAAUCAUGGGACUAUGAUAAAUACAAUGAAUUUAUGAUAAUUAGAUUCGAUUCAAAUUUCGUCGAAGGCACUGUCUAUCAUUUAAAUAUAAGUUAUUCUGGUAUUCUUUCUGAUAGUUUAACUGGACUUUAUAUUAGUAAAUAUAACGAUACAAAAAAUCAACCGAAAACAUUGAUGACAUCACAAAUGGAACCAACUCAUGCACGAACAGCGUUUCCAUGCAUAGAUGAACCAGGAAGAAAAGCUAUAUUUCAAAUUAGUAUCAGACAUAAUUCUCCUUAUACUGUAUGGUCAAAUACACGAGCAGAAAGUGAAAUUGAUCAAGGUGAUGGUACAAUAAUAACCACAUUCAAACCUACAUUGAAAAUGUCAACAUUUAUUCUCGCUUUAAUUAUGGCUCUUGAACAAGAUUUCGGUUGUAGACAGGCACAAGCAGUUCCAGGAUAUAAAAAUAGUAGUCAUAUUAUACAAUCAAGAGUAUGUGGGAGAAAAGAUAUUUUAGAACAGUUAGCUUAUGCUGAAGAAGUUGCGACUGAGUCAUUACGUUUUUUCAACGAAUAUUAUGAUAUGGAUUAUCCUCUAGAGAAAAUUGAUCAUUUUGCUGUACCAGAUUUUGGAGCGGGUGCUAUGGAAAAUUAUGGUUUACUUAUAUAUCGAGAAGUUGGACUGUUUUUUGAUGAGAAAACGGUAUCUGCAUCACGUAAACAAUAUAUAACAACAGUAGUCGCACAUGAAGUUGCUCAUCAAUGGUUUGGAAAUUUAGUAUCGCCAGAAUGGUGGGGUGAAUUAUGGUUGAAAGAAGGCUUUGCUAGUUAUAUGGAAACAUUAGCAAGUGAUCGUAUUGAACCAGAUUGGAAACAAGAUGAACGCUUUGUUGUAGAAAAAAUAUUUUCGUUUAUGGAAGCUGAUUCAUUACCCACAUCACGUCCUAUUAGCAUUAACUCAACGAAUCCUGCUGACAUUUUUCAAUUAUUUGAUUCCAUUACCUAUGAUAAAGGUGCAACACUUAUUCGUAUGAUGAGUAUGUUUUUAGGAAAUACAACAUUUCAAGAAGGUAUACAAAACUAUUUAAAAAACCUCAGUUAUAGUUCGGCAAAAGAAGACGACCUAUGGUCAUAUUUGAGUACAGCAGCUAAAGACACUAUUUCUGUGGGUAUAAUAAUGAAUGGCUGGACAAGACAACCUGGCUAUCCAGUCGUUGAAAUUCAACGAACUUAUGGCACAACGAAACAAUUGGACAUAACACAAACACCAUUUAGUCUAUUUUCAUCGGAAACAAAAGAUGAAAAAUGGUGGAUACCAUUCAAAUAUUUUGAUACACAAACAGUUAAUAGAGCCGAUAGUCAAACGUUGAUUUGGAUAAACGAAACAACAAAAACAAUCAGUAUAACAACCGAUGAUGACAAAUGGAUUUUAGCUAAUCCCGGUUAUCUUGGUAUCUAUAGGACUAAAUAUGAUCAAGAAAACUUUCGCCUCAUUCUUGAGCAACUCAAACAAGAUCAUACUCGAAUACCAGUUAUAACUCGUGGUGCAUUAAUCGAUGAUACAUUUGCUCUCAUUCGUACAGGAAAAGUAAAUACUACCGAUGCUUACAAACUUUUAGGCUACUUAAAAAAUGAAAGAGAAUUUGUACCAUGGACAGGUGCAUUUUCAGCUAUGAGAUACCAAGAAGAUUUGUUGAGUGGUACCGAAAUUCUAAACAGUGUACAAGAACAUUUUCUUGAACUAAUAUUACCACUCUACAAUCAAAUUGGAUGGGAUCCAGUUGAUCAAUCGAAAGAUUGGCUAACAGCACUUCUUCAACCAAGUGUUUUGUCGGCUUCAUGUCGAUAUGGACACAAAAAUUGUAUUGAUUCAGCACGUAGUAGAUUUCUUCGAUGGAAAAUGAAUCCGUCUCUAAAUCAAAUUCCAGCCACACUACGUUCUACUGUUUAUUGUAUAGCGAUACGGGAUGGAACAACGGAUGAUUUUAAUUUUCUAUGGGAUCGUUUACAAAGUGAAGCAGUGGCCAGCGAAGUAUUAAAUUUAUUAAAUGGAAUGGCAUGUACACGAGAUAAUAAUUUGAUGGUAUUUUUUCUUAAUCAACAUUUGAAAAAUAAUUCGGCUAUUCGAGAACAAGACAUGGCAGCAUCGCUAGAACGUAUUGCUCGUUCACCACAAGGAAAUUAUCAAGCAUGGACUUAUGUACGUGAAAAUUGGUCGAAACUAUUUGCAAAAUUUGGUAGAUCAUUAGUAUUGGGUGACAUUAUUGAUGCAGUUACAAAUCGAUUUGUUACAACUAUACAGCGUGAUGAAUUUAAAGCAUUUGCAGAUUCAAUUCCAGAUAAAGGCACCGCCUCACGUCAAUUCAUUUUAUCAAUGGACAAAAUUAAUGCAGCAAUAAAUUGGAGAAAUCAGAAUAUUGAUCCUCUUACAGAGUAUAUUGAUCCAAGUGGUCUUGCAACGGAUAAAAGUCAACGUUUGCCAUCGGAUGUUGUUCCUACUCGUUAUUCUCUCUGGAUAAAACCCUAUUUAAAUAUCACAAAUGAUAAUUUACGUUUUUCGGUAUUUGAUGGCGUAGUGAAUAUCUCAUUGAAUGUGCGACAUGAGACGAAUCGGAUUGUUUUACAUACAAAGUAUAUCGACAUAAUAAAUGUUAGAUUAAUAAGCAGCGACAAUACACAAGUAACAACACAUUCAUUCGAUGAAGAAAGAGACUUCUUCAUCAUCAUGUUAAAUAAAAAUUUGACAUUAGGUUCAUCACCUACUCUUUACAUACAAUAUGUUGGCGAAUUAAGAAAUGACACGUAUGGAUUCUAUUUGAGUUCUUAUGUUCGUUCUGACAAAACUCGUGGCUAUUUGGUAGCAUCACAAAUGGAGCCAAUAGCUGCCAGACGAGCAUUGCCAUGUUUUGAUGAGCCAGCAUUGAAAGCACGGUAUGUAAUCGCAGUUGAACAUGAUAAACGAUACACGGCACAGAGUAACAUGGAAGCAACUGGUCCACCAAUACCGGUACCAAACGAUAAUGAUUGGGUCACCACAACAUUUGCGGAAUCCGUGCCUAUGAGCUCCUAUUUAUUGGGUUUAGUUGUGUCCGAUUUUAAAUGUAUCACAAAUACGACAACCGGUAGAUGGCGCAAUAUAACCACACGAGCUUGUGCACAACAAGAAAAAGUAGAAGAAUUAGAUUAUGCAUUAACAGUGGCUAGUCAAAACAUAGAAGAUUUUGAAAUACAAUAUGAUCUCAGUUAUCCGUUAAGAAAAGUAGACCAUAUAGCUGUACCAGAUUUUGAUGCAGGUGCAAUGGAAAAUUGGGGAAUUAUUAUUUAUCGUGAAACAAGGUUAUUUUAUAAUAUAAAAACGUCAACAUCGUCGAAUAAACAAGACGUUGCAUUGGUUAUUGUACACGAGCUAGCACAUCAAUGGUUUGGUGAUUUAGUAUCCCCUGCUUGGUGGGAUGAUUUGUGGCUUAAUGAAGGUUUUGCUAAAUGGAUGGAGUUUGUUGGUACAGAUCGCAUUCAUCCUGAGUGGCAUUUGUAUGAACAAUUUAUUAGCCAACGGUGGUUAGCCGUUAUGCAGAAUGAUGCUGUCUCAUUUUCUCAUCCGAUAAAUAUGCAGAUAACACGCAAUGAUCAAUUAACUUCAAUAUUUGAUGCUAUCACUUAUUCUAAAGGUUCAUCACUAUUACGAAUGAUGAGAAAUUUUAUGGGUGAAAGCACAUUUAACAAAGGUGUCGCUCAAUAUUUAGACAAACAUAAAUAUGGGACGGCUAAACAAACAGAUUUAUGGACCGCCAUGGGGCAAGCAAUGAUAGAAAAUAAUAUUGCUCUACCAAUGAAUACGACAUUGGAAGAAAUUAUGAGUACAUGGACCGAUCAAAUGGGUUAUCCGUAUAUACAAAUCGACCGAAAUUAUGGGUCAAAUACCGUUAACAUCACACAAAAACAAUUUUUAUUUGACAUUGAUGCUCAACCACCAAAAUCUCCACACAAUUAUCUCUGGUGGAUACCACUGAAAAUGCGCUCACAAAGAGCAAAUCAAUCGAACAUAAUGUGGCUUAGUAAAAAUAAACGUACAGAAUAUAAUGUACUGUCUGUAUCGAGUUCAUCUAGUGAUUGGUUACUAGGUAAUCCCGAUUUAUUAGGAUUUUUUCGAACAAAUUACGAUGAACAGAAUUGGAAAUUAAUUAUAAAACAACUUGAAAAUGAUCAUGAAAGCUUUACAGUAACAGAACGAGCAGGACUAGUUGACGAUGUGUUUAAUUUGGCUCGGGCAGGCAUUGUUCCGGCAUCGUUGAUAUUUGACAUAUUAAAAUACGCCACAAAAGAACAAAAAUAUAUUGUCUGGGAACGUAUACUAUCUGGAGCAAGUUAUAUUGAGCAAAUGUUAAGUAAUACGCCCACCUAUGAUCUAUUUAAAAGUUACAUGACCGACUUGAUAUUACCCAUUUAUGAUAGUUUGACAUGGACAGAACAACCUAAUGAAGACUGGCUUUCAUCAUUACAUCGUGAUCUCGUUGUAUCAGCUGCAUGCCGAUAUGAUACUGACGAUUGUACUUCGUUUGCAAUAAAAAAAUUUGCGGAAUGGCAGAAUGAACCAUCAAUUAAUAAUAUCGAUGCUAAUCAACGUCGUGUUGUUUAUUGUACAGCGAUUCGUUUAGGUUCACGUGGUGAAUUUUAUUUUCUACUGAAUCAAUAUCAGCAGUCAAAUGAUCCACAAGAAAAAGCUCGUAUUCAAAUAGCUUUAACAUGUACACGAGAUAUUGAAUUAUUACAAUAUUUAUUGGUCAUUCAUUUAGAUCCGAAUAUUAUACGACGACAAGAUGCUUUAUCGGGAAUACGAUCGGUAUGUCGUAAUUUUGUAGCUGAAGCAGAAUGUUGGUCAUUUAUACAAAGACGAUGGAACUUUUUGUUCAGAGAAUAUGGUGGUUCAUUGAGUUUUGCAGAUCUAAUUAAAGAUAUAACAGCUCGAUUUAAUACGGAAAGUCAAUUAACGGAUUUUGAGCGUUUUUCCGCAGGAAUUCAAGACAAAGGUGCUGCAGAUUCAGAAUUUAAAUCGACAAUCGAACGUAUACGAGCAAAUAUAUAUUGGAUAAAUAAAGCUGAACCUGACAUCUCCUCAUGGUUCCUUAAUCGUACAUUAAAUAUCAGACUACCGACAGACUGGACACCCACUUUAUAUGAAAUUGAAAUUGAUGUUCAAUUACAGAGCACAUAUCCGAAUAAUACUGAACCAAAUACAAAAUUUAGUGGACACACCAUCGUUACAGUGAAUUGCAGUCGAUCAACAUCAGAAUUAAAAAUUCAUUCAAAAAAUCUAAGAAUUCAAUCAGCUACACUAAAACGAAGUGAUAAUACAAAGAAUAUUUUAAUUGAUUGGUCAUUUCUAAAUUUAACCGAAAUAAUGGUAUGUCGUCUAAGUGAACGAUGUCAGUUAAAUCAAGUGUAUAUGCUUGACAUAUAUUCUUCAGCAGAAUUAGAUCGAGACAUGGCUGGUUUUUAUUUAAGUAGAUACGAUGUGACGACUAAUAGCGAAAUAGUAACACACAAUAUUGGAGCAACACAUAUGCAACCUACUGUUGCACGGAAAGUGUUUCCAUGUUUCGAUGAACCAGCGAUGAAAGCAAAAUUUAAUAUUUCAAUUAUACAUGACGCGAGUUUCCCAACUGUUCGAUCAAAUGGGGAAUUAAUACAGACCACAACAUUUCCCAAUGGACGUAAACGCUCUCAGUUUGAUAUUACACCACCCAUGUCAACUUAUUUAGUCGCAUUUGUUGUAACAGAUUUUGAAUGUAUUAGCGCCAAAACCAAUAAAAAUAUAACAGUGUCAGUUUGCGGUCGUCCAGAAGCCAUUCUAAACUCUGAAGGUGAUUAUGCACUGGAUGUUGGUUCCGAUGUGCUUACCUAUUUUGAAGAAUCAUAUAAUGUAUCGUAUCCACUAACAAAAUGUGACCAUUUCGCUAUUCCAGAUUUCUCAGCAGGUGCAAUGGAAAAUUGGGGACUAAUCACCUAUCGAGAGACUGCUCUAUUGUACAAUAAUAAAACGGGUAAUUUAGCCAAUAAACUACGGGUUGGAGAAGUUGUUUCACACGAAGUUGCACAUCAAUGGUUUGGUAACAUUGUUACGCCUCUAUGGUGGAAUGAUAUCUGGCUCAAUGAAGGAUUUGCAUCAUGGGUGGAAAUAUUGGGUUUAAAUAAUUCUAGUCCAGAAUUUCAUCCAUUAGACGUUUUUGUAACAGCUACACUUCAUCGUGCAUUAGUUAUGGAUAGUCUGUUUUCUAGUCAUCCAAUAAGUGUCGAUGUUGAACAUCCAGAUGAAAUUAAUUCAAUAUUCGAUGCUAUAUCAUAUGACAAGGGUGCAUCGAUAUUACGAAUGAUCUACAUGGUGAUUACUGAGCAAAGAUUUUAUAAAGGUGUCUCAGAAUAUCUCAAUGCGUUUGCCUUUAAAAAUGCAGUACAAGAUCAAUUGUGGGAAUAUUUGACCAAUGCUACGACGCCAUCGUCUAUUCUUGAUGGAGAAGAGAUUAAAACCAUAAUGGACACAUGGACAUUACAAGAAGGAUAUCCAUUACUUACUGUUACACGAAAUAGUGCAAAUGGUCAAGCAACAAUUAGACAAAAACGUUUUGUUUUAGAUCCAAAUUCGACAAAUCAAACAUCCAACUAUGUUAAUCCGUUUAACCUACCAUUUCAAUGGUAUAUUCCAUACACUUAUCAAUCUGCAAGUGGAGUUCUAUCACCGUUCGAAUGGUUAAAACCAAAUGAAACUAAAAUAAUUAAUAUACCUGGAAAUUCUGAUGACUGGUUAUUAUUUAACAUUGAUCAAUUUGGUUUUUAUCGUGUCAAUUAUGAUUUGGCUAAUUGGGAUCGAAUAAUGGGUGCAUUAAAAACUUCUAGUUAUAAUACAUCGUUUAGUAGUGUAACACGUUCACAAUUAAUCGAUGAUUCGUUUAAUUUAGCUCGUUCGAGAGAUUUGGAUGCCACUGUACCGUUAAAAUUGUCAACAUAUUUAUGUAAUGAAACAGAAUAUAUUCCAUUUUCAUCAUUUUCCACAAAUAUUCAAUAUCCACUUAUCAUGUUUAGUCAAAAUGAAAGUAGUACAGCUUAUAAACAACUUCAAAUGUAUGUUCAAAAUUUAGAAAAACCAAUUUAUACCGUCUUAGGAUGGGAUUCAGCUGUUGAUGAUGAUUAUUUAAAACGUCAACUUGGCUCACUUGUUAUCGGUGAUUUAUGUGCUAAUGGUUUAACAGAAUGUUCUAAUCGAGCAGUUCAAGAAUAUUCACAAUGGAAACAAAAUUCAACAUAUUCAAUAAAUCCGGAUUAUCGUAGUACGGUCUAUUGUCAAGGUGUUAAAAGUGGAACAGAUGAUGAUUAUAAUUUUAUAUUAAAUAAAUAUAAAUUGUCAAAUGAUCAAGUGGAAAAAAAUCGUUUUGGUUAUGCUCUAACAUGUACGAGAAAUGAACGAUUAUUAGGUGAAUUACUGAAUGAUACAUUAAAAGGAGAGUAUAUUCGAUUACAAGAUUCUUCAACAUUCAUAGGACGUAUUAGUGUACAACCAGGUGGUCAAAAACUGACAUGGAAAUUUAUUUCAACACGUUGGGCAGAAUUAGUUCAAAAACUUGGCAGUUUAAGUUUUACACUUAGUAGUAUUGUUGAGAGUGUACUUCAGUAUGUGAAUACGGACGAAGACCUUCGAAAUAUUGAAACAUUUAUUGCAAAUACACAAGAUUUAUCUAUAGCAGAACGGGCAUUUUUAUCAUCAAUUGAAAAAAUACAUGCCAAUAUUCGAUGGAUGAAUACAAUUGGAAAUGACUUUAGAAGAUGGUUAGAUUCAAAUGUUAAUCAAACAGGAUGUAAUUCGUAG